GAGGAAAAGAGGAGAAACCAUGGUAGGGCCGGACAGGUUGUACUCAGGUCAAAAUGGUGUCAGGUUUCUGCACCAGGGCCGUGGACAACUUUAGGAGAAGACGCUUAGAAAGGCGCGUAGUGGGGUCAUCUACGAGGACAUGUCUGAGACCUGGACAUCCCCGGGACUCAAAAGAGAGGAGAAAAACUCUCUGAAACCUCUUCCCUCCAUUUCGCUGUUAAAUCGCCAACAUGUCCUUGGCUUUCGAGUAGGUUCCUUGCACGUUUUGUUCUUCAUCAUUCUGUUGGACACAAAUACCCAGUCAGACUCUAGGAGCUGAUCGUUGUCGAAUUACUGGAGAUCACCGCCUCUUGCUCUGGUCCUUGAAACGCCUGCAAGAGGAAAUCGCAACACUGUUGAGUCCUGUGUAUGCAACGAAGCUACUCUUCACUGUUACGGCAAUCUCCGUUUCUGCACUAGCCGAUCCCCAUACGUAAUAAGCAGUUGUUUUGUCUCUAGUGUGCGGGUGCUUUACGGCUUCCAAUCUGUUUCUUCCGGUGAAGUAGAAUUGUUUACAAUAUCAUUAUGGAUUUCACAUCACCGGGGUUGAUGUUCGCGUCCUCCAGCUUUAUUCAGCCGCAUGUGCAAGUUCCCAAGAGAUUGGAUGACUGCCGCGUAAUCAGGUAUAUGAGCGGAGGGAGGUAACGGCGCGACUAGAGCUUCUAGAAUCGUUGCAAAAACGGGCUCGACUGAAUCAGAACAGCCGCCCGAUGCUGUCUUCGCAUUCAGUGGAGGUCAUAGCGAAGGGAACGUUUACUCGGACUCGAUCCUAUUCCUAUUCGAAGAACUUGUCGGUCCUUUGAGGAGCCAUAAGCAUGUGAGGCAAAAUACCUUGAUAUCGACCCUCUUCAAAAAGUAUGAUAUUGAACCCUUCUUAGACACUCAAGCACAGUGGCUGGGGGGGGGGGUGGGGGUGUGGGGUUCUUUACUUGCACGCUAUAGAACCGCCCUUCUAGAGGUUAGCAGCUUCAAGCGUAUACGAUAUCUUCUGGUAUGACUCAGAACAAAGGAGGAACGGAUCCAGACUUGCUCGUAGUUUCCUAUCCCUAGAAUCACACGAAGCAAGCAUACGGGAAGGUAACUGAUGUCUACAGAUUGACAUCCACGCGAUGACGGCUGCGCAUUCUGCCCGAAGCAGAGGUGCACUUAAUAGAUCGUCGUCGCUGCUGUGAAGAUAUCCCCCUUCACUCUAUCCGGUCGCGGGCUUACGCCAUCGACUUCGGACAUCCACCAAAAAUAGUUUUCGAGUGUCGGAAAGAAACUUUUUUUGUUAUUGGUGAGUGCUAGUGGUGGAGCUUGCCACCGCUUUUUAAAACCCAGCAAUCUCUUUGUGCUUUUUCAUCAAGAACGAUUGCGUCUAGGUUACGACGGUGCUGCGUGCUUCUGCUAACUUCGAAUGGAAAUCAAGCAUGCUUUCUAGGCCUCCUUACCGAUUCCGUGACAUCUCCAUUCUGAGGUAGCGAUCAAAACACACACCCAGUUUGUGUGUGAGUGGCAGGCGGCGUGGAGUUACGCAGGCAUCGUGAGUGACUAGCUCUGAUUAAUGGGAGCCAGAACUAGGCUAGUGGUGUUAUUCAAUCACUGGCAGCCUGUAACAAAGCGUAGAAGCACAGGCACCGGAUAUUAUCGAGGAAGUAGAUUGUGACACAUUUUUAAGUGUAAGUGAAGACGAGCUGCUGUAUGCUAUAACAGCUCACGCCCACCCGCAUGGAUUUUCUCGGAAAACAGAGUUUCGACGGUACCGAGGAAGAUAGAGACUUGGAUGGUGGUGCUAGAACUGGAGCCAGCCUUCGAGGUUCGUCAGAUGAUUUAUCAUCAGAGAGCAACACAACUUCUACUACUAACGCUCAGGAUCCAUCGUCCAAUGUUGCGAAGAAGCUUGGCAGCCGAGGGAAAGUUCGGCAAUACGUGCGCUCCAGAUUACCCAGGUUAAGGUGGACAGCGGACCUGCAUCGCUGCUUUGUGGUUGCCGUUGAGAGGCUCGGUGGACAAGAGAAGGCAACUCCAAAGAUGGUACUGCAGCUCAUGGAUGUGAAAGGUCUGACCAUCGCCCAUGUCAAAAGCCACCUUCAGAUGUACAGGAGUCUAAAGAACGAUGAAAGCGUUCAAUCUGAUCUGUGCAACUGGAGAGGGGGACAGUUACAGCAUCACAGUGAUCGUUGGCUUCAGUCCACUUUAGGGUAUAAUAGAAUUAGUAAACCGCUUAUCCUUGAGCAGUCAACGAAUAAACCUAAAGGCCUAAGCUCCGCAAAUGAGAUACUGGAGACGGAGUGGCAGAUGUACAAACAAGAGUCCGAUUCACGAAUAGCUUUGAUGAUGUUAAUGGAGGGACGUGCAGGAAAUCCAACUGUUGCGUCUCCCUCACCGACGGUUGAUUCCCGACCUCCUACCCAGCUAAUGAAGCAUCUAGAUGGUGCUGGUGAUGCUGGAAUAGACAGUCCAAGUCUUCGAGGCGACUGGCAUUAUCUAUUGGAGACCGACUUCAAGAAGCAGCAGGAAACGGACGAUGAUCAUUUUGGACAACCAUUUCCUGGAUCAGUUUCGAGGUCCCUGGAUAGUGCCUCAAAUUAUAAUAAAAUUUACAACAGAUUCAUAGGAAAUGCAGUCAACGAACGGUCACAUGACCUGUUCUGGCCAAAAGCGCAACGACCCUCAAAGCACAUUACAGUGGAUCGGUACAGAUACGAGCACGAUGACGAGAGCAACUGGAGACAAGAUGCUAACUCGACAGAGCCUGACAGUUUACUCUCACUAUCACACUUGCAUUCACGACCAAGCUUGUCCACAACGAGUCAGAAAAGUAUUAUCCUUAAUCAUCGAAGUACAUCUGUGGCGACGGAGCAAGUGUCUUUUGUUGAUUUUUUGUCGUCAUCCCAGAGCAGGAAUACUGAGCAAGUGGCUACCCCAGCGGAUGGGCUCGGGCUAGAUUUGACCAUGUCUACUGGAUCAGCUAUUGAGGAUCCAGAAGAAGUGUCAUUGAGUUUUCAGCGCAACAAAGUUGAGGAGCUGGACCUUAUGUUAGAUCUUACAAUGUCCACUAGAUGACAACAGUUGAGUGUAUAGAUGUACAACUUGAGUUUACCUGUGAUAUUGAUCCGUAAAUCUAUCCAGCUAGGUUUUUGUCAAUGAGCAUAAUGUUAGAAUUCGAAUUAUCCUAGUAUUCGCGGAUUAAUUGAUCUGCUGGAGUCGGAGAAUAAUCUUAAUCCUUUAUUAUGAUCAUUGAACAAGAACACACCGAGGUUGAUUCCGUAGGGAUGAAUCAGGCAUAGAACGGUUUCGCUAAAGUUUUGGAGAUGGGAUUCAGAAACCGAAGUCAACUGUUUAGAAAAGAUGAGUUAACGAUGUGACCCGGGUCAUUAAUCCAUUCGUAGUGUAUAUUACACUGUUAUAGAUCAUUUCCACGAGCAAUCUGCGGAGAGAAUUUUAAUUAGGGACUGGAAUGAGUGACUUGUUCACCAACCGUGCAUAACGUUAAGCGUCAGCUAUAGCUGGAUGAUUCAGCUUCUGUUUCAUGCGUCAA